GAGACGACUUCCUCACAGUCACUUACAUCUGACUUGUUUACAGUAGAAGCAGGCAUGGAGAGACACCGCCAUCCUGAGCUGGUCAUAUUCAUCCUUCUCAUGAUGGUGCUUUGGUUGAAGGCAGACCUUGAGAUAACACUCUACUGCCCUGCUCGGACGCUGGGAUGGAACAGUGCAAGAAGUUACUGCAGAAGCACUUAUCAAGACUUGGUCACUUGGGACAUUGUGGAUGUGGAAUACAUGACAAAGUGGCUGAGGAAUGAAAGGUUUAUGACUGUGUGGAUCGGUUUGCAGGAAGAUCCUGACCAAGCUUUUGUCUGGAAGUGGAUCAAUCUAAAGUAAGUUUACAUCAGGUUUUUAAAUACUCAGUUUUGUGGUUUGCAUCGUCUGUGUGUUUGUUCCAGAACUGGUGAAGGCGUGACUGGAGAGAACCUCUCAGCAAGCUCUAACUGGGCCCUAGAAAGCUCUGUCACUGGCAGCUGUGGCUCAUAUUCUUACACUACACCUAAAAAGUGGCAUAAGACCGUGUGCUCCACUCUGCUUCCGUUCAUCUGUUUUGAUGACAACCUGGUGGUUGUGACUGAGAACAUGACAUGGGAGGAUGCCCUGAGCUACUGCAGGAAGAUGACGACAUCAUCGUACCGGUACGACCUCCUGAGCCUGACUAACUUAUCCGACAGCAGCUACAUAAGCAACAGGAUCUACAGAACCACCACCGAGGAGGUCUGGUCACAAUACAAACAAAAAAAUAACUAAAAUUUGGUUCCUAAAUCAACAAAACGCUGUUAUAACAUCAGUGUGUGUUUGCCAGGUUUGGAUUGGUUUGCGCUUCCUGGGAGGAAAGUGGUGGUGGCCAGAUGGACAGAUGACGAACAGCGAGAUGAUGCUGCCUGACUGUCCGAGCCAGCUGAGACGCUGUGGAGUGUUGUCCAAGAAUGAAACAGGCCACUGGAUCACCAGGGACUGCUCGGAGUCAAGGAAUUUCAUCUGCUCCCGUACAAAAGUUGUCACUUCGACAAAAGAUGAAGAAAUACUUUAGCGCACAGAAGGAAAUCAACUAUAGCAACAAACAAGCCACAAUAAGAGUAAUGCCGACUAGAAUCUUUUAGAGAGAAACAGAAAAGUGUGGAGAGGUAAACUCCUGUUCUGAAAACCGGUGUGACAGAAAUGACAGAGGGGCAUAAACAAACCAAAUAAGAAACAAGACUAUAUUUUAGCACAUUUUCAAAACGCUACCCUUUACAAAGUCUAUAUUAAUUUUGAUUCCCUUUUAUUUUUGGAUGACUGACUAUUAUAAAAAUAAAAUGCAAAUGUAUAAUUUGAAAAACAAAUUUAAAGAAUACCUGUUGUUUUUCCAUUUUUUCCCAGCUUGUGUGUGUAUUGAA